AUAAGCAUGUCUCUUGAUUGGAGAAAAAGAUUCAAUAUCAUUACUGGAAUUGCGAAGGGACUACUGUAUCUUCAUCAGGACUCGAGGCUGAGAAUCAUCCAUCGCGACCUCAAAGCCAGCAACAUACUGCUGGAUACCGAGAUGAACCCCAAGAUAUCGGACUUCGGGCUGGCCAGGAGUUUCGGGGGGAACGAGACGCAAGCUCAGACUAGAAGAGUUGUUGGAACAUAUGGAUACAUGUCGCCGGAAUAUGCAAUAGACGGGAUGUUCUCAAUCAAAUCCGACGUGUUCAGCUUCGGUGUUCUGGUGCUAGAAAUUGUGAGUGGAAAAAGAAACAGAGGAUUCUGCCACGAACAAAACCAAAGCAGCCUAAACCUUCUGGGAUAUGCGUGGACUCUAUCCAAAGAAGGAAGGUCAUGCGAUCUAGUGGAUCCAUGUCUAGGAGGGUCGUUUGACUUGUCCGAAGCCCUACGGUCCAUCCAAGUGGGGCUAUUGUGCGUCCAGACAUGCCAGGAAGAUAGGCCCAGCAUGUCGGAUGUGGUUUUCAUGCUUGGUAAUCAGGUUGAGUUGCCUGUGCCCAAAUAACCCGGUUUCUUCACCGGGAGAGAUGUGGGCGCUGGCCGGAGUUACAGUAGCUCGA